UACGUGCAGAAUGCGAUAUUACAGUGCUGCAAGUCCAUCAACUUUUGUGCGGCGUGUGUAGCCAAUGGUAGUAGCCCAGUGACCUAAUACUUAAUAUUGGAGAACCUCUUUGUUCAAGAAUCAUGGAUGACGCUGGACAACGUGAAAAGGAGUAAAUCAUCUGACAACCAUAGUACAAUUAAUGAUCAAACUUCUAUAGCCGAGGAAAAAUGUCAGCUCUGCGGAGCGGUGAGCAUCAUCAGCGAAUCCGCCAAAGUAGAACUUCGUACGUAUCGUCGCUGAUAUUAGCUGCUGCAACGGUGAUCGAGGAUCUAAAUAGCAAUCGGAUCAAGAAGGACAUUGGGAGGAAGAGGAGGAUAUAAGUCGUUGAUAGGGAAGUUGUACAGGUUGGUAAAUGCAAUUGGUGCCAGAGCUGCGAUCGAAGGGGAGUUGGCCGGUGAUAAAAGUGCGGUGACAGCUAAUAUAGAUGACGAUGAACCGGUACGUGACGCUGAGCCAGUUGGGGGACGGUACCUUUGGCUCGGUGGUUCUCGGCGAGCGCAUCGACACCGGCGAGAAGGUCGCGAUCAAGCGCAUGAAGCGCAAGUACUACUCGUGGGAGGAGGCCAUGAAUCUGCGCGAGGUCAAGUCCCUGAAGAAGCUCAGCCACGCCAACGUCGUCAAGCUCAAGGAGGUCAUCAGGGAGAACGACGUCCUUUACUUUGUCUUUGAGUACAUGAAGGAGAACCUCUAUCAGCUGAUGAAGGACAGGGACAAGCUGUUCCCGGAGCCGGUGAUAAGGAACAUGAUCUACCAAAUACUGCAGGGGCUGGCGUUCAUGCACAAGCACGGGUUCUUCCAUCGGGACAUGAAGCCCGAGAACCUGCUGUGCAUGGGCCCGGAGCUCAUAAAGAUCGCGGACUUUGGCCUGGCCCGGGAGAUAAGGUCGAGGCCACCGUACACGGAUUACGUGUCGACGCGCUGGUACCGCGCCCCGGAGGUACUGCUCCACUCGACGAGUUACAGCAGCCCGAUAGACAUGUGGGCCGUGGGCUGCAUAAUGGCGGAGCUGUACACGUUCCGGCCCCUCUUUCCCGGCAAGAGCGAGAUCGACGAGAUAUUCAAGAUCUGCUCGGUCAUCGGCAGCCCCGACCGGACGGACUGGCCCGACGGCUAUCGCCUCGCCGCGGCCAUGAACUUUCGAUUUCCCAACUUUAGCCGCACCUCGCUGGCCGUCCUCGUGCCGAACGCGAGCCCAGAGGCGGUCCUCCUCAUGGAGGACAUGCUCCAGUGGAAUCCCGCAAAGAGGCCUACCGCCCAGCAAGCUCUCAGGUAUCCAUACUUCCACCCGAUGGGAUCGCGGCUGGUCAACGGCAAGAAAAUCGGCGUGAACAAUUCGGGACAGCGCGAGCUCAUCCUGAACAAGGUUAAUAUCGGCUCACCUGUGCAACCUGGACCGGCCGUAGCCCCAACGCCGAACGACUCUUCCGCUGCCCACAACGGACAUCCCGGUGUCCCACUGCUCAACCAGCAAUCUUCCAGAGUAUUGCCGGAAAAGCCACUUCAGAAGAUCCAGGUCCAGCCGGUGCUUCCGCUCCUCAACCACAACAGCCGUAAGAGGGAAAGCGUCAGCCCCAUCAAAAAGUGGGACGACAACGACAUGGACGCCGACGUGCUCGGAAACAUCUUCAACUCGGAGGAGAGAAAGGCGCGACUGCUACCCGAACGAGUGAACAAAGAAAAUCGGAUCAGCUGGAACGGCAACUACCUCCUGAGCCGAGUACCCGAAGUCCAGCCGAAGCAGCUCAGCGCGAGCUGGGCGAUGCCACCGGUAGCCCCCUCGUUUCGCCAGGACGAGCAAACGCCUCAGCAGCCGAACCGAGCUUGGAGCAACACCAUUGCAAAUAAUACCAACAACAGCAAUAACGAAAACAACGGCGCCAUGAGCGGUAACAACAAGCUGCACCACCAUCAUCAACUCAUGUCCGGCCACCGGGUGCUGUCCAACAAUCGGCGCGCCAUCGCAAAGCUGCCGACCCACUACGUCAUCGCCCAGUCGCCCAGCCAGCUGCCGUCUAGGAACGGCAGCGAGUCCCGAUCGCGGGCCAGCAACGGUCUCAGCCAGUUAGCCGAGCUGCCGAGUAACGAGAAGCUCGAUCAGCUCGCGGACACCUUUCGAGACUCUGCGCCGCACCAUCGCCUCCCCAUGGGCCACGGCGUGUACAGUAAAGCGGCAAGCGGCAAAACACUGUUCGGUGGCAUCCUGAGCUCGCGGGCGAGCGGAGCUGCCGGUGGACGAGUCGACGGCUGGGCCACAAACUAUUUUAAAUGAUCGCAGCUCGCGCCAAGGGCUUCUGAUGAUCUAUGUUACAUUUGCAAGAGUCUUACCGACUGCUGUGAUA